CUAACACGGGAUCUUGUUGUAACCAGGCUAAACAUUAAAAUAAAAUUUAAAACCACCUACUUUUGAGAACAUACACUGCGGGACAAAGUUCCAAAUAGAUCGUGGGUUAUUUAUAAACUCUGUAUUGUUCAAAUUUCGGAUUUUGAAGGGAGAAACAAUGUGAGGGGAAAAGUGAUGGGUUUGAUUGAAAAUCUGUAUUUUACCCUCUGAGGAAGUGAUGUCAUAUCCCUCCGACGACGUCUGCUCACAUCUCCUUCCUCAACCAAAGAGCGCGCGCACACAUUAGCUAUUGUUCAAGAUGGCGGAUUGAGUAAGAGCUAGAGGAUGCUAAUACGUUGUCAAUGUGUUUGUGUCGAUUACAUCGCCUUACUGGCCAUUUCAUGGUGGCACUACCGCUACAUUUUUUUCCGAUUUGCACACAAGACCAAAUUGAUGUGAACUACUCGUCACAUUGGAGGGAUUGCUUGCAAACAUUGUUUUACAUUCGCACGGGAAAGUUGAGCAUCGCCUAAAAAUGAAAAGACAAGCCGAGCGUGACUCAAGUCCUGCCAGAGGAAUACCAAAGAGAAUAAGGGAGAGGGAUCGAGAAGAGAGUCGUAGAGAUGAUGGACCCACGUCGCUUGCUGUGUCGCUUGCGGAUACCAGAUGUUAUCACAAGCAUCAGGCGCGGAGCAGGAGCAGGGAGCGAGAGAAGCCAAGGCUGCGUGAGGAGAGGAGUGCCGUCGGGGAUUUGCUGCAUCGUGCUCAUCAUGAAAUUGGUUUACUCGGUCGCCCACCUCUGCGAACUGCAUCCGUGAUGGGUAAAUCAUCCGCCGAAUUGUUAGGUGGCCGAACGGCAGCUGGGCUAGAAUACAAAACAUUACUGAUUAGCAAUCUUGGAUCUCAGUUGUCUGACGAACAUGUGGAAGACGGCUUAUUUCACGAGUUUAAAAAGUUUGGAGAUGUCAGUGUAAAGCUGUCGCAUACUCCGGAGCUUGGUCGUGUCGCUUAUGUGAACUUCAGGCACACAGAGAACGCACGAGAGGCACGGCAUAUGAAAGCCAGGUUAGUACUGUAUGAUCGCCCACUCAAAGUGGAGCCCAUGUAUAUGAGGCGACGCAGCUGCACGCCGCCUGAUGUCGGGUAUGUGCCCCUACAUAGUGUCUACCAGUACAGACAAAGGUCCCUUUCCCCAGGGGCUGGUGUUAGAGAUACAAGACCCCGACAUUACCCAGUUGAUGGAUUGGGCCUUAGUAGGGAGCGUGAGCGCGUCUUGGAUUACUACAGUGUGUUGGAUGAACGAGGCCGCCCUUACACCUAUCAAGUACCAGAUGAGGACUUAAAGCCAGAAGAUGACCAGCGGGCUACCAGAAACCUCUUCAUUGGUAAUUUGGAACACAGUGUAUCAGAGGUUGAGUUGAGACAAGGUUUUGAUAAAUAUGGCAUAAUAGAGGAAGUGGUGAUAAAGCGACCCGCGCGUGGCCAGGGAGGAGCCUAUGCCUUCCUCAAGUUCCAGAACCUAGACAUGGCACAUCGAGCUAAAGUGGCAAUGCAGGGGCGCGUCAUUGGAGGUAAUGCUGUGAAGAUUGGCUAUGGUAAGGCAAACCCUACAACACGUCUGUGGGUUGGGGGUCUUGGACCUAACAUUUCUCUUGCUGCAUUGGCACGCGAGUUUGACCGCUUUGGCAGCAUCCGCACCAUUGACUAUGUGAAAGGUGAUAACUUUGCCUAUGUUCAGUAUGAGAGCCUAGAUGCUGCACAGGCUGCCUGUACACAAAUGAGAGGUUUCCCUCUGGGUGGGCCCAGCCGACGGCUUCGUGUGGACUUUGCCAAAGCUGAGGAUUCUCCCCGUGGAUACCCUCAGCAAUACCAGCCAGGCCUCCCAGCCCAUUACGAGCACCUCGCAGAUGGCUACAGCCACCACCGAAGCCUAGAGCGGGAGCUUAGGGUACGAGGGCACUCUCCCACUCAUCCACUAUUUUCGGAACGAGAACGUCCCCUGGUGGGUGAGACGGACUGGAGUCCCCCCAAAAGCUUGGAACGGCGGACGGCAGCACUGGAGGUGUUUGGUCGCACCCGUGCACGCAGCAGAAGCCGUAGCAGGGAACGCUGGGUAAAGGACCGGGAUAUGGAGCGAGGAGGAAAGAGCUGGGAAGAGAGACGUAAACGCCGUAGUCAAUCCAGUGAGAGGCUCUUUGAUGACCGGGAGCGUUCUAAAACCAGAGCAUCUGGCAGUGGCAGCCAGGUGUCACCAGAGGACAGCCCAGAACGAACAUGCACGCGACUUCCAGACUCCACUUCUGAGCCUAAGGAAGAAUCACCUGAAGGGGGACUCCAUUCUCCAAACCAGCAAAUCCGCAAAGACAGCUAUGAGCCUUCAGCCACACACAAAAAACACCCCACCCUGCUUGAACGAAAGCUGUGUGAUGUUGAGACUGAUGCUGAUUCGCAGACAGAAAAGAACCAGAAACCUACAGGCACACUGUUUGAACUUGCACAGUCUCUUAGUCAGGUUUGGCAUGGAUCACUGGUGUUGAAAAACAGCUGCUUUCCCACUUACAUGCACCUGCUGGAGGGUAGCUCUAUUUUUGCGCUAACCUUGCUGCGGGACCCUGCAGCUAGCAAGCCCACCAGUACUGGCCAAUUGAAGAUCGCACAGCGUCUGCGGUUGGACCAGCCCAAGCUGGAUGAGGUAAUGCGUCGCAUUCAUCUGGGUGGACCAGAGGGCUAUACUGUUCUGCUGGCCCUGCAAGCCCCCAUGGAGAGAGAGCUUCCCCCUACUGAACCUGGCCUGCAGAAGCGCCUGCUAAGAAACCUGGUGACAUACCUCAGAAACAAACAGGCAGCAGGCGUCAUCAGCCUGCCGUUGGGAGGGUCCAAAGAGGGAGAGGGUGGGGGCAUGUUGUAUGCUUUCCCACCAUGUGACUUUGCUCAGCAAUACCUGAAAAAUGCCAUCAGGAUUUCAGGCAAAGUGGAGGAGGAACACUUAGUCAUUGUGAUUGUGAAAGAUACUAUUUAACAAUAUUGUCUUAGUAUUUUUUUAGGUGAGGUGGGGGAGACAAAACCCUUCAGCCAUGAGAAACCCAGACAGACAGAAGAGUCCUUAUUCUUCAGAGAAACAUACAGCCCUGGCAUAAGGAUCUCCUUGUCCUACAGCUGCCAGUUGACUGACAGGUGUUUGCAGACUGUAGUGAAGAAGAUUUGGUUAACCUCUCACAUGCAUUUCAAAAAUAUGUUGUCUGCAAAACCUAAUGGCUGGUUGUUAGUUUUUACUUUUUUUGUAAUUAGUGGUCCAGUAUUCUUAAUUGUCCAUCAAUUAAAAAUUGUAUUUUAUAAUGCAAGAGGGCAUUUUUGAGAUAGGUAUGUUUAACUGAUCCAGUUUUAAUGGAUGUCUGUCAGGAAGUAACUGACUGUGAAUGGUGUUUCUUCUGGAUCUAAUCAAUGUUGCUAUAUUGCUCUGUAUCACAGCCACACACCCUGUUUAACUUCCCUGACUUCUUUUGAUUAUGUGUUUGUAUGUACUGAGCAAUGAACGUCAGGCCUUAUGGAACUGUCUGCUUCUGGGCCACAAGAAACUGUUGAAGUAAUCUUAAAGUAGACAGGCAAGGGAUUUUCUCUGAAAGGCCCUUAUCUACCUCUGCAAUAUUGUUGUAUUUUGCAGUUGUUUUAUUGAUGUAAUCAUUCUUCAAGGCAGGAAUGAGAAUUUUUACUUUGUUACAUUUACUCCUGGGCCUUCUAGUGUCCAAUUUUACAAAUAUUCAGUGGCAAUAUUGAUCAUUACUGCCUCCACUGUAUCCUGUUAAUCUGGUCAAGCAGACAGAAAAAGAAACAAACUCAUUUGUUUUUCUAUCUUUGAGUUCACCUAACCUGAAGUGUCUCUGCUUUUCAGAUCUAUUAUCAAGAUUUAAUAAUUAUGAUUAUCUUUUGACCAUUUUUAUUUCCUCAGGAAUAUAAUGUGAACUAAAAGUUUAAAAUGUUGGAAACUACACUACAAUCCCAAGACUUUAAUUCAUAAGACAACUAUUCUGGAUGAAUUAUACUCCUCUAGUGUGAAAAAGGUUUUUGCUGUAGAAUUGACAUUACUCACAUUCCUCUUUCAAUUGCACAAAAUGCUUAUUGAAACUUGUUCUUGUUGUUGUUAAACUCUACAAAGGGAAACUCUACAAACACUCCAUUCUAAUUCAAAGCAUUCUGUUAUUUUAAGUCAUUAUAAACUAUGCUGUAUGAAAAAAAUGUCAAGUAAACACUAUGUCAUUGUG